GAGAGGGAGAGAAGAGGGUGACCAAACGGAGGGAGGGAGGAGGGAGGGGGAAACGGCGUAUGCUUGUAUACAACCCUGAUUUCCAUUUUUUUCCCAACUCGUAAUGUAUUUAAUUCAAGUGAAACGUAAUCAUGACGUGUCGUGUCAUUAAUCUCCUCGCCGCCUCUCCCGUAAGUACACUGAGUCUUUACUUUCAACAUAUAUCCUAUAUCUCCAUUUAUCUACUUUAAAUUUAUCCACCACUCUGUUUACAUAUACACUUUUAUGCAUGGUGGCACGAAACAGAAGGGAUGAAACAUUACCCAAAUUGUUAAAUUUACAGCGACUGUUGUUGCCUUCUUCUUCUUUUUUUUUGCUCACGAGCAACACUCGGGAUAAUGGCCAAUUUUAGUUGUUGUUGUGUUUUAUUUCACAGCCAGUUUUUUGGGGGGGAUGUGUGCGCGCAUGGGAGCUAGCAUACCGUGAAGCAUGAACGUAUAUGUUAGGGUCCUAUGUAUGUAACCGCGCGCUCCGGACCACUUUACGUGUGUGUCAUGUAUGUAAGCCGGUGUAUGUGCGCGCGUGGCCGACAUUCAUGUAGCCCCACGAGCCCUCUCGCAGCCCGUGACAUGACAAAAAAAGGGGGAGAAAUGCGCCGUUUUCUCUCAAAAUUCAGACACCACUCGGUUUAACAUUUUGAAAGAGUCGAUUCGGUAAGUGUAAAAGAGACGAAGGGCGACUUUACAACGACUGCAAGUGCGCGAAAAGUCACUCAGAGAGGGUAAAGAUGUAUUUUUUGUUAAUUCGCGUAACUUUAACCAAGUUCUGGUAAGCUAGCAGUCGUUUCUGUCCGCGUGAGAACGCAGUUAGGAGACGAGGCAGCGCUAUGACCUCCUCUUUUUUAAUUUUCUCCUCAUAACCUCUCUGAGAAAACGACGUCUGACCGACAAAAAGUAGCUUUUACAAAAGGAGGCACAAGUUCUCGGUGCGUAACGGGGGGAUUUCGAUAAGCCGCAGACAUAUUGUCCGGGCGUAAAAGUGGAUUUUUGCAUGUUAGCAAGUUGAUUUACAAAGCGUAAUUUGUGGGUAGAUACGAUUAGCUUGACUAAUUCUUUUGUUGGACUCACAUUAGGCAUUGUGUUGUGCAUUGUUUUCGAGAUAAAGCACCGUCACUUUCAUCUGGGAUGUGCGCACAAACGCAUCCACAGGCUGUAAUAGUGUUCAAAAAACCCUUACACUUUGCUCACCUUUUACUACAAUGUUUACUACAACCCGUUUAGUUGUCCUAACAUCACCUCAAGCUCAGAAAGUAGCAUAGCAAGUGUGGCAUGCAGCGUUGUAGUCGUGUGUGUGCAAAACGCGUGUUGCCAAAUUGUAUUCAGCGAAGAGAAGUUACCGGUUUUGCAUCUCGGCUUGUAAAAUGUGCGUUUUUGGACAAGAUGUCGCUUUUUGGGACUGAUGUCGGUCAGGGAGAUUGGCAGAGGAUUCAAGAUGAAACCCAUGAUGGCACUUUUUUUUUUUCCUCCUCUCCUCGCGUCCUCUCCCUUGCUCGCUCGCUCACUCGUCUUUUCCCCUCCCUUAAUCUUUUGUAUAGAAAAUUUAAGAACAAAAUGGAGCAGGGGAGAGAGAGAGAGAGAGAGCGAUAGAUAGGCUGACAUGACACACACACGCCACCCCCGACUUCCAAAAACUACGUCCCACUGUUAUGAUUUUUAACCGCUUUUUUAUUGUGCGCGGACCCCAUCUGCACGCAGGGUUAAUCUCAUUUUAGUGGGGGUGUUCAUAAGUGCAUUGUUUGUUGAUGGUUAUUUAUUUCAUUAAUGUGCCUCUAAUUGAGAUGGCCGCGAGAGAGAAGAGGGGAAAGAGCGACUGAAAAUGGUUGCACGUUAUUGACGCACAUCACAGGGGCGAGGAGGAAAUUCCUCAUGAGAUAAGGCGCAGACGUGUCAUCUGGGUUGACCGAAGACACUCCUGACGCCUUUUCUGUAUCCAGAGGAAUAUGUUUAGGGAUCCUGAAAUGCCCUAUUUUUAAAUCCACCAGAAAUGUCACACUUUUGAGAGCAUGUGCAAAGUGGAAGUAGGUUGACAUUGCUGGCUUGUCCUACAAACAGGCAUGUUGUGGAGGAGCCUUCAACUCUGUUUGCUUCAUUUAUUUAAUCUGGGAUUUGUGUAUUUUCACACGUACUCUCCAUAGAAAAGAAACUUAAACAACAAAAUAUAAUAGUUACUCAUCUUGGAAUUCAAAGAGGAUAAAAUUUGCAGGUAAAAAAGUAGAAAUUCUUGUUGAAAUUACAGUUUUUCUUACAUUUCUCCCCCUUUAAAGCGACUUUUAUCGUGUUCUCGUCUAGUCCGCUGCCUUAAUAAUGUAUUAAAACAUAAAAAACCCACCUCCAGUAGAUAUUGAAAUUUAAAAAGGAAAAGAAUACCUCCCCUAUACGAUAUAAGUGUCCUCCUCUACCCCUACAGGUUGUCUCCUGAAGAUGCUUUCACCUCGCAAGUACUCCACAAAACCCACUGUACUAAUGCAUCGUACAGUGUCUCCAUGUUAAAAAGGGUCUAAUGGUUUUGCUUCAUUCAGACCUUUCUGCUAUUUGUUCUCAAGUAGUGUCCUCCUCCUCCUCCACCACCACCAUCACCUCCGCCUCCUCCCCAUCUUUGUACACACUGUACUGUACUUGAGGGGGCACAUACACCCCAUCCAGGUGGCUCUUGGGGAAGAGAUUGUAUGCGAAAGAGAAAGAGACAGAGACAGAGGGAGAGAGAGUAAAAGGGAGAGGAGUGUAGCACCAAUCAAGGCUUCUGAUUGAUAUAAUUGGGUCAUUAGUGCGCUGCGGGAGAGGCACCUGCUUGCCCUCAGUUAGGGAGAAUCUACUGCAUUGUGACAUUUUGAGACUGUUGAGAGUUCUGCUGGCUGCUCGGGAUUAGUGUGUAUUUAGAGCAUUAGGGUCUUACUUAAAUAGUACGCCACUUGUGCCACUUGUAGUGAGUUGGCAGACCAGUUUCAAACUUAUUUUUAAAACAGAGGCGGACAGGUACACAGCAUGUAAGCAAGAACCAAGCAAAGAGGUCCAAAAUCCAAAGAAGGGGUCCGCUUUGAUUUAUAACGGCAGGUAAAACUCAAGAAAUGGUCCGAUCAUCGAGAAGUGAGAGAUUAAAAAAAGUGUAUCACUUCCCCCUUAAACACUGUUGAUUUGUGGGUAAAUGGGGUCGACAUUUUCUCUUAACUUUUUGAAAUUUCCCCCCGUGGGACUAUUAAAGGAACAUCUUAUCUUAAAUUUCAAAACUACAAUCUAAAAAUGCGCUUAUUUUGCGCUGCUGUUGCAUCAAGUUUUAAAGUCAGGCACUCUUUUUUUAAAAAUUCAUCCCUCAACUGUUUUUGCAUCACUUUACAUGCGCCAUCUUAAAAUGAUUCAAAAUUAAUGCUCCGUUAAAGAAAUGUUGCACCAUCCUAGACUCUAUACACUCUUGAGGCCGAUUUCAGGGGUUGAUCAUCUGUAUCAGUUUUAUUCACUGUACUUAUCCCCAAUGAAACUACCUAACUUUUGUCACAUUCAUAUUGAAUUUGUUGUACAUAAAAUAUACCAAAGCAAGAUUAAAGGUGCGAAACUUAUACUCAGAUCAGAGUAUUUUAUUUAACGCUCAAGAAUCUGCACUUUUACUCAAAGUCAGUUAAAGUCUUUCGUUGGGGUUUGUAGAAUAGCAAAUUUGAAAUUUUGACGCUAAGUUUUUCAUUUUUACUGUAUGAUGAUUAGUCUCAUGAACUACUAACGAUUAAUAUCAGUAUCGGCGCUGGAUUGCUGUUAUUAGUCGACCCUAAACAAGGUCAGGCCUUGUGUGCCGCCCUAAACAGCUAUAAAACUUUUAUUGAACUCAAGCAGGUUCUUUAUUACAACAAAGUUUCCUCCCAAGUUCAUGUUCUGCCAAGGUGCCCUUGAGCAAGGUGCUAAAAUGAAUGUCGGUGUCAGUAUUGACCCUUCCAUAAAGUGUACGUGAAUAUUUAAGUGUAAUCGAGAGUGCAUUAAGAAAGGUGUUACUAAGAAAGAGAGCAAACGCUCUGUAAAUUUCCCCAGGGUGAGUAAAGAAUCAUCCCGUGUUAACAGUUUCUAUUUUUUUUUUUCUAUAGGUGCUCACAUGUCUGAUAUACGCGAUAAUCAUAUUCCACAAGGGGGUCACAGUGAGGGUCAGUGUCCCUGGGGUUAUGAGGGGGAUUGGCGCCUUCCUCAAGGACACUUGAAACAAGUUAGAAAAAAUUUGGGGCCAAUUUGUGUUCACAUCGGCACAAGCAAAAUUUGAUUGUCAUUUUUUUGUACACAUUCGGAUAUUUGAUUAGAGACUAAAAACAUCACGCAGGCGCUCAUUUCACCCCGUCAGCCGCUUCUUUUUUCUUAACCCCUGCAGGUGAACUCCAGCGUUCAAAGAUAAACGCAUCCGAUGAUUUGCCCGUAUCAUCUGCAUGCUCCAAACCAAUUCUCCUUUCAAGGCCUGAGUCUUGAAAUCCUAAAUCAGACAAGUCAGUCAGCACCUCCGCUCAUUGGUUUAGACACUGCACGGCCUGUAUGACUCCGAGCAAGAGCCCUGUUUCUCUGCUGAGUUGCUGUGAUGUUUCAGACUCGCUCGCUCAGAUCUCCCAGUUUGGCGCUUCGCAACUGCGGGGAAGUGUCGGCUCGUGUUCUCCGCUGAAGGAGGAAUUCAUUCAGAAAGAGCAGGAGGAGAUGAGAAGUGGAGGGAGAAGAAGAAAAGGGAAGGUUAGACUGGACGAAAUGUGGGAAAAGCAAGAUAGUAAGAGAAAAUGACUAAUUUUGAUUGGCUUGUGGCUUCUUAGAGCAAAUAAAAUCCAGAAGCUGAGGCUGAAUGUGUCAUUUUUACACAAGUUUUACUCCUUCUUGUGCAAAAAAAUGUGUCUAAAAAGGUCAGCCACAUUUAAUCUGUUGCCAUUUCAAGGACGAUUCUUCCAGCGUCAUUUUUUUUUACGUAGACUCAAGCCUUAAUUUGGCAAAGUAACUUUAAAUGUUUGGCCAAAUUGAUUCACAAAAGUAGCAUCUCUGUACAAGAAGCUCACCACCUGUCACGUCUCUACAGUAAGUGGUAGAGGCACUGUGGGAGACUUUUCCCCUUAUCACUGCUAGAGCUGAAGAUGAGGGGAGGGGAGGAGAGCGCGCGAGCCAGACGAAGUUGGUGCGAAGCUGGGAGUGAAGCAGGGGGGUUCAGGGAAAGGUGAAGUAAAGGAAAUGAAUACCGUCUGUGGGGAAGUUCGCCACGUGACCAUGCGAUAAAAACCACAGGGCCAAAUUAUACUGUACCGCACAGAGAGCCGACUCCCCUUCUCUUCCUCCGCUCAUCCUCACUUUCAUACACAUUCUUUGCGGUCAGUCUCACAUACAAUCAUCCCCCAAGGACACCUCACCUCGCACCGACUCUAUCACAUGAGAGUACAAGAGAUAUAGUUGGAAGAAAGAUACACUUGUAAGGACUCAAAGACAAAGCCUGAGGCCCGGGCCUGAGACUUUGGAGAUGCUUAUUUGGAUGGUCAGGGACACAAACACAUAAAAAAGAUAAAACCAGGACUAAAGGUUGUUUGUGUAGACUUCUCUGUCUUCGCGAUGUCCCCAUGUCCGAGGCUCUCAACCUGGACUUCAGGUGUCACCAAUCAAGGACCUGGUACACUGUGUCAAUACAAUAUGAUAACAAUACUUGAGCGUUAUGUGACAGGAAGAUGGCUGCCGUGAGGAUAUGAUCAACUACAGACACCUAGAAAGACUAAUAAGCUUGUAUUGCUGUAGACAAAGAUACGUUCACAUCUUGUCUAUUGAUUCCUUCAGACUUAACGAAUUUUCAAUCAAGACAUAAACCUUAAACAGCCAAGUCCCACAUUUGGAAUAAUGUGUCCAGAUUUCUAUAACGAGACUUAUUGCGUCUUCAUUUACAAGUAAGGCUGUUGUUUGAACUUCUAAACAGACAAGUUAGAGUAAAGUGGAAUAGAAAGCCAAUUCUUGGCAAAAUGAUAGAUGAUUGAUUCCUGGAUUGAAUAUUGGACCAUGUCUUUGCACUGGUUUCUUUCAAUACAGCCAAUGACUACGGUACAACUAAACCAGAACACUUCUAACAUCAAAAAUCUACCUGUCUACUAGGGUGACUAUAUGUCCUCAUUUACCCAGACAUGUCCUCUUUUGGGGGGCUGUCCAGCCUUGUCUGGGGGGAGUUUAUAAAAUCCUUCAAAUGUCUGUGGUUUUGUAUGGAAGUUUUGAGUUUGUGAUGUCCGUGGACUUAGUGAGUUGGAAGCGCGUAAAAAACACUUGACCCGACCUGAAAAACCCUUAAAAUUUACUACAUGCGACUCCGCCCUACGAAGGAGUGUCCUCUUUUGGGGAUUCAGAAUAUGGUCACCCUAUCUACAACAGACUUUGUGUUCAUUCAUAGAAAGUGUAAAGAUAAGAUUGUCAGAGAGUUAAAGCGCCAAAUUGGUGAUAUUUGGUAGCAGCUUGGAAACAUACAGCCUCAAACACACGCUCCUAACACUAAUGUAAAGCCGAGCAGAUAAAGUGCUUCCUGCCCACACACAGACACUGCAGGAGACACAAAGUGAAAGGUGUUCACACCCUUACAUUUACAAUUAUGAUGUGUUGAGUGCUGGCGUGUACAAACCUGCAUUAACUGCCUUCACAAUAAAACCAUAUCGCUGAGUAGAUAUUUACACAAUGACAUCAAACCCUCCCCCAAAAAUAAACUUGUCUGAACAUAUUGUGCUCCGACUUCCUUGGCAACUAUUUAUAAGGGAUGUGAUGUAUGACUCAGCAACCCCCACCCUUUCUUUUACACACCUUGCGACAUAAUGGCAGAAGUAGAAGUAGCUGUCAGUUUUUAAACAGAGCUAAUUCUUUGAGGGAGUGGCUAAAACAAGGAAGAUGGCAUAUUGACCCCUGUCACAGACGCUAAUUUUCAGUGGAGGUAAUUCAGGUCUUUGAAUCAGUCAUUUUCAGUGCUCGCAAAGUUACGCUGCAAUUAUAGUAAUAACAUCACGGCAAUGCUUAACACAACAACGGUAUGCUUUUAAGCUGUCAUUACUAUACAAAUUGCAAUGUUGUUACACUGCAUCACGUUCCCUGCAUAUGUAAGGGUCGGGGGAAAACGCAGAGCAAAAACAAUCAGUGUGAGCGAGCGGGGGGAAUGCAGUCUAUGCUCCUUCCCUUUUCAAGACUCGCCUGUAUGAUUUAGGUGGCUCACAUUUGCACCUGACAUUAAAAAUGCAUUUCCUUGAUGUGCUUUAAAAAUCUGCUUUCUACUUGCCUUGCGAAACUGCAGCAUGCAUCACUUACACAUACGGCAUUUCAAUCUUUUGAAGCCGACUGUUAACACUUUGUUGAGUACCUGCACAAGCCCCUUUAUGUGUGAUUUCUGAGUGCCUACAAAAGUACUUCAAUUUGCAGAUUUGGAGUGAAUGCAUUUGUAGAUAAUGUGGACAAAUGAAUCUAGGAUCAAGUCCAGAGGCGGUUUACAGUACAUGGCUGCUUCUUUAGUGUUUUUCUUGCUUCAUUUACACCUGAUUUUAUUUCUUACGUGCUUCUGCUCCACCUGAUUCCAAUCUGAUUUGUGUCCCUCACUCCCCCAACCCCCUCUUUCCCUGCAUCCUUUGCUGCACCUUAUCUCCCUCUCUCCAUCUAUCCAAAUUGUCUUUAUUGGCAUGACAGGGCCGGUGGUUGGCGACAGCCACCGUCACGGUAGAACAAUGCAUUGUGAUGGUGAUAUUCAUAUGAUAAUUCCAUCAGACCUAACACUGCUGCAGAUACAUUUUGUACCCAGUUUGCUUUUUCCUCCCUUCUCCCUUCCUGUUUCUCUCUCUCUCUCUCUCUCUUUCUCUCCAUACGUCUUUGUGUUGACUUUUCAAAUGAUUUUCAAAUCUGUUGUUCUCUCUUUAUGUUGUGCCCCAGCCUGCCACUCCACCACUCUGAUUUCUCUCCCAUUCUCUGUUCCAGCAUGUCUGUCUCUUUACCUUUAUUCCCCCUCUUUCCCCCUCAACACCAUGCUGGCAAUCACAUUAAAUCGUUUUCAUUCACAUGGCUUCUGACAAUGUUUUUUCUUUUUUUUUUUAUGCUGCCCAGUUUUUAACUGCACUGUGUGUUUCCCUCCGUCUCUCUCUUUCUUUCCCUCUGUCUGCCUCCUUUCUCAUUUUUUGCUCUUCGCCAUGUUGGCAGGGCCCAAUCUACCAGCUGAUAUCAGCAUUCCCUGGCACGCUGCCAACUGGCAACACUGCAGGAGAGAAAGAAAGAGAGAGGGAGAGAAUGAAAGAAAAUUAGUGAAUAAUAGACGGAGGGAGGGAGGGAGCGAGAGAAUGAGAGGGGGAUGGGAGGAGUAUGAAUCAGGGAGAGAAAGAAAGACAGAAGGGAAAGGAAGACAGGGAGAGAAAGGACAAUAAUGGUGGAUUAAGAAAGGACUCAGUGUGUGAGAGUGUGUGUCUGUGGUUGUGUGUGUUUAUGUGAUUGAUAUGGUGUGAUAUCCCUGUGAGUCAUAGCUGAGCUAAAAUGUCAACUGGCUACAUGAGAAUCUCUUUGUCAUCCAGGAUCGGUGACACACUCGCACACGCUCAUAAACACUAAUCCAACAGAUCAUAUAAACACAUAUGUGACCAUACCGCCGCCUGAACACAAAUAUGGGCGUCACACCUGCGAACACAGAUGUUCCAUUGUUUUGCCACAAUGAUUGAUGACCUUUUGUUUUGUUGUGGGCGCCUCUGCUGCUUCUCAACUCCGCCAAAUGAUGGACGAAAACAGCCGAUGUGCAUAAAUCCACUCUAACUCGUGCAAACUGCUGUGCACUCAAAAUAUUUGGGUGUGUGAGCGUGGCUGCCAAAAUGCCUGCGUGUGUUCAAUAUGCUGUAUAUCACACUUUACAUUUUAGCUGACUCUGUUAUCUGGGGUGACGGUUGCAGUACAGUCAACACAAGAGUAAGCUUACAUUUGUACUUUAAGAUUUGCCAUGACUAAGCAGUCUACGGGUCAAAUCCACCACACCCAGGCAGCAGAUUUAACAAAUACUGCUGUGCAUAAGUGCAAACAUACUGUACGCAAGUGUUUUAUGUGUGUACUUGUGUGUAUACAGUCCCGAUUUAAGCAAAAAGCUGCUACUGUAUGAGUGCACAGGAAGGGUGUGUGGGGAAGUCAAAACAUUGCGCACCCAUCCUGUUUGGGACAGUCCAUGUCCUGUGGUGGUGCCCUUAACUCCUAAACACACACUUACACAAACAGACAGAUAACACGCCGGUGCAAAUUCACACUCUGACUAAUCAUCCCAUAUGUUGCUAACAGUAUGCCGGAGCGCUUUGUGAACACAUGCAGGAGGAAGAACAGGUGCACACCUGUUACACAUUCAAGUGUGCGCACACACCCACGCAGACCGAAGAGGAAAUUAAGAUCAAAUAAAGAUUUACUUUGUACUUAACAUUAACAUGCAUUAAAAGACAUUCAAAAAGGGUCCGUAAUGAGUAUGCAUAUGAUUCUCUGAUGUUAGCAUUUAUCAUGAAACAUAUUCAAAGAGUCGCAGCACAAGUUGGUAUUCAUCCUGUUCGACAGAAGCUUGCAACCUGCAGUUCACUGCACAGUCUUUAAAAAGCAUUUACACCUGCCAUUGCACGGAUAAUGAUAAUUUCAUUUUAAUAGAUAAUAGCAUCAUAAUGUGCUAAAGAGGGCUCUUUUCUUAAGUGGGUAAAACCUUAUUUCAAGAGCAAUAUUAUCGGGUUAUUCGAUAAGACAUAAUUCAAAUUAAAGUGUCUCAUUUGUCAUCGUGCUGUCAUCAGGGUUUCAUUUUGUUUAUUUUCGUCCCCAGAAAAUUAAAGGAGGAGGCUGCCACAGAAGUGUGUCCCCAAUCAGCCGAGACACUAAAGAAUGGCAUAACAUCACACGCACUGCUGGUAAUCCCCAUCCUUCUUUUACACACUUACAAAUACACACAAGCGCUUACACAUACCGGCAUUGGGCGCAGUACUGCAAUCUAAUACCAUUCCGCCAUGUCUUUGGUUUGGAUUUUUCCAGUUGCAUUCAAGGACAUGUUACAGUUAAAGAUAAUUGUGCACAACAUUAAAGUUUAACCUUUUCUUCUUUAAGUUUUUUAGUUGUAACUCUCCCUCUCACUAUCUGCCUCUCUGCUUCUUGUGCUUUGUACUGACAGAGGAUGGAUUCUCCACCAGAGUGUGUGCUGUCUCUUUCUUGUGAGCAGCCCCAGUCCCCCCCAACACUGCCAUCCUUGGACCACAGCCCCCAGGCCUCCUCUCCUCACACCCUGCACUCUCUCCCUGACAGCCCUGUUGUCUUGCCCAUUCAAAGCCCCGAACCCUCCCCUCAAAGCCUUGACACCACACCUAUAUUCCCCCUCUCUCCUUUUCCGAUCCACGAUGACAACAACAGUCAGCAUGAUGUUGAUGGAGAAGAUGAAGACGAAGGCCUGGAUGGAGUUCCUCCUUCCCCGACCCCAGCCGUUGCUUUAUUCCCAGGAGGAGGAGGUCAGGAAGCUGCUUGCAGCCCCUGUUUGGACUCCUCUCCUCCUGCCACACCAUCAGCACCAGCCCUUGGGUUCGGAGCCCUGGAGCUUGCUCUCUCAUCAGGGCAAAGUGGAAACUGCAGUGAUGAGCUAGACCUUCAGUUGUUUCAGAAGGAUACUGUUACCAAGGCGAUACCAGGAGUUGGAGGGGCAUCUUCAGGGCCUGCACUCAGGUUUCCUUGUCAUGUUUGUGGAAAGAGAUUUCGAUUCCAAAGUAUUUUGUCCCUUCACGCCAGAGCACACAGUCUGGACCGAGACCGCAGAGCCUCAGCCCUGUAUCGGACCGGUCUCCCCUCUGCGCCCCUAAAACAACAUCUAAAAAUCAAACAGAACCACAAAGACUUAAUCAAGAAUCACAGAAGCCACCCAAACCAGCGUUUACUGCCAGGGACUCUAAUCCAGCAUCUCACAGAAGAGGAGGAUCUGGAUGGUGAGGUCAAAGGUCUUGAUGAUGGCCUACAGACAGAGCAAAACCCCAACUUUUUACUGGAGGACAGCACACCAUUGACCCCUCCGCUAACAGAGGACCCAAUUUCUGUGACCUCUCCUUAUUCCUCUACAAUCUUAGAGGGUGCGUCUACUCCCAUAGCACCUACAUUUCGUUGCCAUGCUUGCAAAGGUAAAUUCCGCACAGCCUCAGAGUUAGCACGCCACGUCCGCAUUCUCCACAACCCCUAUAAAUGCACUCUCUGUCCUUUCUCUGCCAGCCAAGAGGAGAGCCUGGCAUCUCACUUGCAGGAGUGUCACCCUUCCCCUGACUUACCCUCUCUACCAUCAACCUUCAAUUCAAGGCCGGUCAUUGCAACCCCUGACACUCCUGUCCCCACCCCGACCCACACCCCAGCCCCGACCCCAAGUACCCCGCAGCUGACAUCAGCCGCUGCAGUAGCUGCAACCUCCUCACUGCCAGCAUUCCGCUGUGAUACUUGUGGACAGCGGUUUACCCAGUCGUGGUUCCUGAAGGGACACAUGCGUAAGCACAAGGACUCUUUGGACCAUAAGUGCCAGGUGUGUGGCCGCGGCUUCAAGGAGCCUUGGUUCCUCAAAAACCACAUGAAAGUUCAUCUCAACAAACUUGGACUUAAAGCGGGACUGGGAGGCCUCGGAGGACAAGCUGGUGUGGACCACCAAGCAAAAAGCUCUGCUACCAAUCAGUCUCUUAAUGCUCUCUACUCAAGCCUUCUCCUGGCCCAGCGAGGUGGUGGCAGAGGUGGACAAGGACGAGCAGACAGAGACACUGGUGGCAGAAUUGGAUUGGGCUCAAGCAAGUCAGCCAUCCUGGGCUAUCUGGGGCUGCCCAGUGACGGCAGCGGAGCCAGCUGUAUGGAGAGACUUCAAGCAGUGGCUCAGGUGGCUGAGAUGGGCAAUGGUGGUGGUGGAGGUAUUGGUGCAUCAGGAGGAGGGGGACCAACAAGAGGAGGGGGUGCAGGUGAAGCUACGGCAUCAGUUUCAGAGGGAGGGGACCAGGCAACUUGGUGGCAGUUGGUGGCUCGCAGCUUGGCAGUAGCUCAGCAACAGCAGCAGCAGAGGCCCCAUCAGCGAGGCCAACAGCAAGACCAACGCAGUCAAAGUCGGAGCUCGGUGAUCGCUGAGGCCGACCAAGUCAGAGCUUACCUCGGAGGCCUGGAUCCGAGAGAUGAGUCUGGGGGAACAGGAGGACCAUGGGAAUGCCCAGAUUGUGGAAAGCUAUUCCGCAGCCUGCAACAAGUGGUGGUCCACGCUCGAGUUCACACGCAGCGACCCCAAAAAAGAGGAGGCGGUGAGGAAGAAGGGAGCAGUGGUCGGAGAGGAGUGGGGCUUGUUAGAGGAGGUGGUGGCGAAGUAAGACUCGAUUCUCAGCUACACAGCAGUGGAUCUCAACAUACAGGAGAAGUGAGACAGGAAUCAAAAGUGCACAGUGGUGGAUCACAACAAGCAGGAACAACCACAGGGUUUCACUCUGUCAUCUCAAACUUCAAGGGUAUGAUCACAUCCAUGCGUUUCUGUCUUGUCUUUAGUGUUCGCUCACAUAUAAUCGCGUUAUUAUGACAAGAAUAUAUUAUUUAUACUGCUCUUCUGUUGCAAAGAGAAGAUCUCAGGGGGCCCUCCACACCAGCUGUUAUCUUAACAUGUUUUCACCUUUAUUUUCUUGCAGGAGAAAAUGGCUUGACUCCAGUAUCCUCCAUACCUUCAGUUCCCACCAGGGAGCGAGUGCGUGGAAGAGGGAUUAAAGACUGCCCCUACUGUGGUAAAGCCUUCCGCUCUUCACACCAUCUUAAAGUGCACCUGAGAGUUCACACAGGUGAGAACUGCUAUGAGUUUAACAAACCCCCUUUUUUUAACCUUUAUAAAUCCCUGGAAAGGAUUCAUUGAGCAUCCAUGCUUUAGCAGCACUACUUUUUUCCUCCUUUUUUUAAACAUUCACCCCAGAGAGUUGGCUUGUGCUAAUCAUAGCCGUGUUCUGCAGGCAACUGAGCAGCUCCACUAGAGCAACUUCUGUUUAAACGCCUUGCUGGAGGGUAUAUUAAGAGUAGUUUUUUUUUUUAGGAAAAUCAAGCCACUCUGGGGAUUUAAACUACAAAAAACUGUUGAAGCUCACUCACUAUCACUAGCCUGUAACCUAAUCAGUAAAAAAAGACACAAACAAUUCAGUUUAUUCCCCGUAAUUAAAUAGUAGAAUUUUUCUCUGGCUUGAAUCGCCUUACUCUAAACUGUGAAAUUAAACGGUUUGGCUCAGGCUUUUCGUGUUUUGUUUAGUACGAUGAUUCUCCGGUAAACAGUGGAGUAAAUGCUCACAGAUUCCCCCAAUAACUCCCAGUAACAUGAACCUGAUUGUUCUAACAGCUGACUUUGUCUCUGAAUGUCUCUGAAUAUAAAUUUACCUUUAAUAGAUAAUAUAUAAAUUAUUCUGACCACAAUCUGACCUUAUGUGGGAGUCUCUAGCAGGCUUUCUUGACUCUUAAAAAAACAAUACAAAAAUUUGACGCAGACGAUUUAUGAAAACUGGGAACUCUCACAGCACUCAAUCUCACUCCAUAUUCAUAACUCUUUAUUGGAAUGAGUCAUCAGCAUGUCUUAUUUGCCUCCAUUUCAUGUAUUUGAUCACAAUGCCGACCCCAAUUCACCAUUUUAGAAAUACCACCAAUCCCCAGCAACUGGUAACUGGACCACAUCCAAGUCUUUUCAGCAAGACAGAGCCCAAAAUGCAAUGAAUUAAAUCUUUUUGCCAUUAUGAAUACUCAUCCACAGCUGACAGGACCUAUCAAAUCACAGUUAUAUUAUUCAUGAUCGCAUACAGCUCUUUGUCUCAUGCUCUACUGCUUUUCUGUAUCAUCAAUUGAUUACCACAUGGCCAGUAAUUUAAGUGAAGGCAUCAAAUUAUAAUAAUAGGCUACUCUUUUGCUGCCUACUUGAGAUUAUAGCCCCUUGAGACUUUCAUCCAAAAAAAAACAAAAGCUCAAAUCGUUCUGCUGCAUUCAUCAGUUUUUUGCUCUUGUGACAAAGAUCAUUUACGCUUCCCAUAUAUAAUACAUUUUCGGCUUUUGAUAUGCCUCCAGCAUGAUGCCCUCCUUCCUCUUCAUCUUUCACAAACGUACUUUUGACCAGUGAUGGAAUGCUGCCAUCUCCCUUCAAAAUGUGAAACUACAUCUCCAACCAACACCACCAUUUACAAGACGGCACCGGUGGAGUUUUCUUUUUGAACAUUUCCAGAGUUUUAAAAACUACUUUUUGAAGCAAGUAUCAGGGCUUGACACUAACACUAACUGUUUCCACAUGUGCUUAUAAGUUAAAAACAUAAGGAGCACACAAAGAACAUUGGGGGCACAAUGAAAAUUGAUCAAAUAACGUGUGUCUUAUUGGUUGACCUUAGUACUAUUAUUUGAAAUCAAUUUUAGGUCAAUUGGUCACAUGACAUGGAAGCUAUUGAAGGAAAACAGCCUUUUUUGAGAACAUCAACCAGUCAUUUAUUGAUGGUCCCUUAUUCAACACCCGACGUUGACAGUGAGGGUGCUGAGUAGAUUUAACCGCGCUGCUUUUGCUAUUCCCGGGUAUAGAGAGUGAGAAGACACUGGCAGUUCCACAGUGAAUGUCCAUCGAAUAUCCAACCGAAAACUGACUUCACUGCGCUGUAGAUUUAACCGCGCUGCUGUUGCCAUUCCCGGCCAUGGAGAGUGAGUGCAAAUGCAAGUGGAAUGGCCGCACUGUCAGUAUCUUCCAUUUAUUUCACCGUGGUACCCAAAUGAACUGGAAGGCUAUUGGCAGUUGCUUUCUAAGAAUAGUUUUGCUCUCCUAUUUUUUUUGUUGCAACAAAUGGUUAGGCUGAUUUGAAGAACCAUAUUGACACGGAUAUAAGAGCAGAUUUGUUUUUUUCCUCUUCAAGACACUUUUGAGGGAAGUGGCAUAGUCUUACAUUUAGGGUUUAGUGAUUAAAUUUUGAUAAUUGUUGCAGCAGAUGGUGCCACUUAUCUGUAAAGCGAGUACACCCUUCAUGACUGAGGCCAGCUGUCACUGACUGCUACAAUGCCAGAGUGUUGAAAAGACAAGCAUGGUGAACAAAGUUGAGCAAAAGUAGGACAAUUUAACCAACAGUCGAGGCAGAGUUAUAACGCCUUUAGAUAAAACAGUUAUCAACGCAGCAGACAUUAAACAACUCUCAAACAGCCAAUGAAUAUGGCGAGCCCAAAAUCCCCGUCCUAAAAUGCAUGUGCUGUUUCUAUAAAACUGAUUGAAGGUUGGCCCAUUAGCAGACCCGUCAUCCAUCCAUCUGACUACAAGUUGCUGCAUAUUUAUGAAAUUAAAAUACUAAUGCUGUAAGUGCUUCAUUUAUACGUGAUUAAAUUUUUAUUUCAUUCAGAUGUCAGAGGUAAAUAGUAAAUGGGCUGAGAAUAGCACUUUUCUAGUCUCCUGACCACUCAAAGUGCUUUUACAUUGUAUUUAACAUUCACCCAUUCAUGCCAGGAGCUGCUAUGUUAAGCAUCCAUCAGUAUUAAUUAAUCCUAUUCAAACACUGACAGCACAGCACUUGGUGCAACUUAAGGUUAAGUAUCUUGCCCAAGGACUCUUCAACAUGGGUCCAAACCCCUGACCUUCCAAUAGAGAUGACCGAGUCUUUCCCCAGCAGUCUCUAAAUCGUGACAUCUUGAUUUGGGUGAUCCUGGAUUUGAGCCAGUAUGGCAAAUAAGCCUAAAUACAUAAUAUCCUCCAUGACUGGGUGUUCUGCACUGUUUUGUGUUUCUUGUUGGACCCACUAUACCCUGUUCUCUGCCUUAUUCUGUAAAUCUGAUUCCCUUUAGGUGAGAGACCCUACAAAUGUCCCCACUGUGACUAUGCGGGUACCCAGUCUGGUUCACUCAAGUACCACCUCCAGCGCCAUCACAGGGAGCAACGCAAUGCCUUGGCAGCCUCUUCCAAUUCUUCCUCCUCCGGUCUCACGUCUGGUAUCAACAGUCUGACCUCUGGGACCUCUGGACUGGCCAAGCAGCGCAGAUCCCAGCUCAACCACUGCCCGGUCAACAGAGGCCAAACUGACUCCUCCACUGCUCGACCGAGCCAGCAGUCUUGGCUCCUGGGGCUUCCAGACCAGCGGGAGCAUAGGAAGGCCCUUGCAGCUCUCAGAGACGUUGACCUGGAGACCCAGUAUAGGUAUCUCUCUGGGGUGAUGGGGGCCCUCUAUCAAGGUGGUAUGGAAGGGGGCUGGAUCAGGGAGUCUCCUGCACCGAAGGCCCCUAAAGUGUCCCGUCGUAAGCCGCUUACCACUAACCGGAUGGUUCAGCCGUCAAGUGACAAAGAAGGACCUGCGCCUUCAAGUCAAGGGGUUGGGUUUGAACCACUGGAUCUGUCCCGUCGCACCUCACCAGGUCUUGCAGGGAUGGAGGAGGAUGGGGGCAUGAGUGUAUUUGAAGCAGGAGAUGUUGCUGGUGGAGAUAACGGAGGGGAUAGUUCAACAGGGGUCAAAUUGAGCCAGUGUUUGUUUUGCCCUUUCCGUACAUCCUCAGCAGAGCUGAUGGCCAUGCACCUCCAGGUCAACCACACCAGUAAAUCCAGGCGCAAAAGAGCCCCCUCAACUACCCUGGAUGAAGAGGGAGCUCCAAAAGCCACCAAGCAAACAGAGCACUCUGAUCUGGACUCUCUGACAGUUUGGAGGCAUGCUAGUGAAGUUGAGUCCAAGGCACCUUUGGGGGAAUGGGCCUCAACUCAGCCCAAGACCCUGAACGGGCUCUCUGAAGACAGAGCAGAACAUCUUGACAGUAUCCUUGACCACUCAGACUCCGAUAUGACCAGUGAUGUCAGGGAUGGUCUUGGGCUCAUGGAGAAGAUGGCAGGCAAUGAUGAGGAGCAGGAUGAAGAACUGGAAGAGAAUUUGGAGAACAGCAGUUUGGAGGAUUCACAAGACCAGGAUCUGAGGAUGUCCCUUGCUCUUUCACCAGCUCUAAGCCCCGGCCACAUGACGGGGGAGGAGGAACAAGUCUUAACAGAUUAAAAUGAUAAUGAUGACACCGUCUUUGUUGAUGACAUGGGCUGGAUGUUUUCAACCGCGUUCGUUGCAGGAUUAAAGAAGGGGUCAACGGUCAAAUGAGUAUUUGCACCUUUAUUCGUCAUUUCUGGAGGAGCCUUGUACCCUGGGUUUUUGAAGAGGACGGAGAGAUGUAUCAGUGGUGUUGUGUUCUCCGUGAUAUUAUUCUUCUACCUUAGUUCUGACAAUGGUCCACCACAAAGUAAGUUCAAGUCUUUUGGGACAUUGGAGGGCACUUUUCCUAAUCUUUAUUUUAAGUCCACUUCAAAUGGAUAACUUGGAUGAGGACUGCCUUUUUGAUAAACAAGAAAAGGGGAUAAUUUAUAUCUGCAGUAGAUCCUGCAUCAUUCCACAUGCAUUAAGUCAACACAAUGGGCUGUAAAUCCAAGACUACUAAACUGACCAAUAUAGCUCCAGCUGUAAAAGUGAUGCUCUCCUGACUGACCACUAAACGGUUUGAAACCUCAAACUUCUAGUUCCUCCACAGCCCACACACGGUAUGGGGGGGGAGUUUAGUCUAGAAAAGUUUCAAACUGUGAACCUUGGCUAAGCUAUUUGGAAUUAAUUUAAGGCAUGAGGUAACUGUUGCAGGCUGCGUGCUUUCCCUCGACUAUAUAUCACUGCCUUGUUUGUCUGUAAAGUUUCUAGACGAUUGUCUUUAAGAAAAACAGAGAUAAAAGUUUGUAACUUUUUUUUUUUUUCGGUUAGUGCCUGUUCAUGUAUGUUGUCAAGAGAGUCUUUGGUUGUCCUUCGCACCAAGGCUCUGAAAGGUCAUUUAUUUUAUCUGAAUAUACAGUUUAAAACGAUUUAAGUAACAGUAUAUUUGUUCAAAGUGGUUUCUAGGGUGUUGUGAAUAGUUAAGUUGUAAAAGAAAAGCUACUUUGCAGCGUUACAGUAGCCAUUUUUGGUCCAACUUGAGAAGAAGAAAAGAGCAGUUGAUAUUAAUAAUGUUUAAUGUGAUAAAGAGGUUUAAGGCUGAGCAGUCAGAGGGGGUCACAGUUCGAAAUUCAGUGUUUACAAUGGCGGUGAAUGCAUGAAAAGAACAAAACACAAACUGGGAGUCUGAUGUUAGGGACGAACUCCCAAACACAAUCACUUGACUCCCGUUUUUAAAGAGACAGAGACUUAGUAACUGUGUCAAACGAACAGCAAGUUCUCGGCGUCUCCACAGGAGAGGAGAUACUGGUAGAGAACGAACAAGAAAGCAGUACCCUGCCUAAAUCUGAAAAACAAGCUGUACUCUUGGGGUACGGUGUCUUUUAGAUGAUUCUAGAUUCCCUCUCUUCUUCUUUUUUUUUUAUAAGAAAAGAAAAGACAAUGGUAGGAGUUAUUAUUAAAACACUAACAAAUGCAUAGACAUCCCAGUAGAAUAUGUGUAGCUUUUGUAAAGACAAGAAAAAAAAAGCAGACUUUUGUUUAUUUUCAUUUCAAGAUGCUUACAGAAAAAGGUUAUCAAUAUAGGUAAUAUUGACUAUAAUGUUUGUGAGCUAAGACUAGUCGGAAUGUCUAUACAGAGCACUGUGCAAGGUUUGAGUUCCCAAAGUAGUUGUUUUUAUUUUGACUUUAUGGAUAGACCAAACGUUUUUCAAUGGAAGUUGUCACUUUCUGUUGUUGUUUCAGUGUGUAAAGCUGUGGUUCCAAUAGAUUCGCUCCAUCGAAUAACUAGACCUAUCAUUCAGUUUAUCAGAGUAUCAAAUAUCUAACUACUGAACUGGUUUGUUGACGAAGGUCCAAAUCAUUUCUACAUCAACGCAUUUAGAGCUUAACAUUUAAAACAAUCAAACCUUUUCGGGCGUAUUUCUACAACCUUAAUUCUAAGAAAGUUGGGAUGCAGUACUUAAGGGCGAUAAAAGCAGUUUUUUAUGGUUGGAAAGUAAUUGAAAGACUAUGUUUAAUAAGACAACAAAACGCUUCAAAUAAUGAGGAUCAUUAGCAACAGGUUAGUAACAUGACUGGAUAUUAAAAUAAGGUUUAUUCUGUAAUAAAGAUCUAGAAAGAUGUUCACCACUCUGUGAGAGACGGUUAAACAUUUUCAGAUUAACAUUCCUCUGCCCAUAAUUAGCAAGAAUUUGGGGAAUUCGUCAUCUAAAGUGCGUAUUAUGGUUACAAGUUUCAGGGAAUCCAGAGACGUCCCUGCACAAAAAGGACAAAGCUGAAAAUCAGAACUGAACGACUACAAGAACACAAUUUGUAGUCAUUCACAUUCUCCUUGGAAAUCAUCGGCUUUCCAUCGGUGCACGGUCCAAAAGCUAGUAUUCAUGACGGUAUUGCAGGAGUGGCCUUGACAUGGCUAGCGUACAUAGUUACUAUCCAGACAUUGUCCUUUUCAAGAAAGACAUUGUUACUUCAUUGGGUUUUGAAUUGAAAUCAUAACCAAACCACCAGAACCUGCUUUUAUUAACAUUUCAAAGUGUCCCAACUUUUUCGGAAUUGCGGUUGUAACUUUUUACUUACGAAGGUUAAAAAAAAGUUCAAAUGUGAGGCAGCAGUAUCCCCUUACACAGGUCAACCACUACUCGGAUUCCUUUUUGAUGGGGUAUUCUAUGAUUGCGACCACACCUUAAUGUGCAUUAAUGUGUUUCUGUUCUUUUUUAGAGCACCUUAUGAGUUUCGUAGUGAAAGUCCCUUAGUGGUGUCUCCUUAACAACUACUGUCAACGCCAUCGUGCCUUCUGUUUCAAGCACUUCCUGGUGUAUUUUGUAAAACUCACCAAAAGCACUUAGCCUAUAUCUACACACUCUCUCUCUCUCCUUUCCGCUCUGUCUCUGACCCUUUUCUUCCCUCCUCUCUCUUCCUCUUUCCAUCAUCACCUCAGCCCAUUUUCCUAAUCUUUUUCUCAUGUCUUUACCUCCUGACCCUCCUCUCUCCUUGAGGAGGCUGUUCAAACCAGAUUUCACCGCUACAAUUCAGGCCUAUUAGGCCAUAAACAAGGUCACUAGGCCUUCUUAUAAUCUAGCGUGGCUAGACUCUUGAAAGAAUAGACUACCUAACCUUUAGAUGAGUAAAGAAUAAUAUAUAUUUAUGUGUAGGGUUGGACUACUGUUUGGUCUUAACAGUAACCCUCGGUAAACCAAAGCCCAACUUAAACUCUAUCAAGUAUUUAAUCUUUUGAGGUGCCAAAACAUGUCCAACGUGACACUAAAACAGACAUCAACCUGACAAAACUGAAUAAUUCACCUCUCUUUUCUUUUCUUUUACCCUCCCUUCCUUCUUUUCCUUCUCUUCCAUGCUUGCUCUUCCUCCACGUUCCUCUCUGUCCUCCGUAAACUGUCGAUCUCUAGCACCACUUGAAGGUGACGUGUACUAUCUGGUAUCGAGGCCUUUAUUAGAUUUUUAUUUCAGUUCGUGUGGUGUUUGUUCAAUGCCGUUGAGAUGGAAAAAUGCUCUUCUUAUAAUGAUAAUUAUUAUUGUUUUUGGCAUUAUGGUUAAAAAGAAAAAAAAAACAAAGAAAAAAACAAGAGAAAUGUGUUGUUGAAUGUUGUACAGAUAGCACUAGAAAUGUUGUGUUUUUUAAAGAGAGCACAAACCUGAGUGAUGGUCCCUCCGGCUCCUCCCACAGGCAGAAGGGAAUAAAACAGCCUGCCAAUCAAUCCAAAUGUGUAAUGACACAAAUUUACUCGGUGAUGACAGGUUUUCAGCAAAGAUUUUCGACUUUUUCUCAGAAUGUAAAAAGGCAGCCUUUGACUCGAACUUCUUUUUUGGCAAAUUUCUUGCACAGAUAAAAAGCUCUUUGAGUGAUUAAAUCCGCACUCGAGCCAACAUGUUUACCCUUUUUGGAGGUCAAGUAUGACUAUUUGCCGACUUGCAAGGAGUCAGACAAACAAGUGGACCACUUUUGUAUCAGCCCAUACAACAGGAAAGUAUUGGACAGAAUUUUAAGCCUAGAAGAGAUGCUAAUAUCACUUUUAAAAGUAAGAUGAUACCACAAAUCUGUUUGUAUUCCUCUUUUUUCUAGAAUAAAAUAGUCACAAAUUUAGGGUAACAACUGGAUAACAACUGACAUCAAUUCAUUUAGCAAAACUGUACCUUAAAUCCAUAAAAAUACAAAGCAAAGUAUCCUUUAGUUUGUCUGACUCUAAGUUAAGUCUCUUAAAAAACUUAAAAAACUAUCAAUUUACAUUUGCACAACAAGUAAGUGGCUCCAAUGUGAUUUUCAAAUGAAUGUGAGGACCGCACCUUAUCUCCUGAUUAUUAAUCAGAUCAUCAAACACUUAAAAAGUGGGUAACAUAUAAGCUGACCCUGCAUAUUCAUUAUUUGAGAAAAAAAAAAGAAGAGAAGAAGGUUGCUGUGAAGGUGUUGUUUAUACUGAAAGGACAAAUCUCCUCGAGGUGAGGGGGCCAUGCUGGGUUUGGGCUCUUGUGUAGUUUACUGCCAUUGCAGUGAGGGAAAACUGAUCUAACAUAGUAGUGACUAAUAUGACUUUGUGGACAGAUAAAAAAAAUAAAAAUAAAACGCAUUAGAAAUAAAUAAACACAAACAAACUGCU